AUGCUUGGUGUUCAUGCAACUCGUGGUGUAAUUAAAAUUGUCCAUUCAUCAUUGAACAAUACAUCAAUAUUUGAACAGGCUGAUAAUUUUACAAAUUCAACACAAAAUACAACAACUGAUUGUGUAGCUGAAGAAAUCGAUAUAACUUUGCCUUAUUUUUCAUUACCUUAUCGAAUACUUGCUGGUGCACUUGUUGUUCCAAUUACAAUUUGUGCUAUAUCGGGCAAUAUUCUUGUUAUUUAUGUUAUUAAACAUUAUCAUUCAUUACGUAUAACAGGUAAUGUUUUUCUUGCUUCACUUGCUGUUGCUGAUGUUGGUGUUAGUACAUUAGCAAUGACAUUCUAUGGAUUACAAUUAAUUCAAGGAAGAUGGAUACUUGGACCGUUUAUGUGUCGUUUAUGGUUUUCAUGUGAUGUUCUUUUUUCAACAGCAUCAAUUAUGCAUUUAGCUUGUAUAGCAUUAGAUCGUUAUUUAUCUAUAGUACGUCCAUUUGAACAUGAACGUACAUCAUCAGAACGACGUCGUUAUGGUAUGAUAGCUGGUUGUUGGUUUGGAUCAGCUUUAUUAUCAUUUAUACCAAUAUUUACUGGUAUAUAUACAACAAGUGAACAACGAGAAAAAAUAAAUUGUUUAAAUCGUGUUCGUGGUCGUUGUAUAUUUGCUGUUAAUCAAGUAUAUGCUAUAGUAUCAUCAUCAUUUUCAUUUUGGGUACCAAGUGCUAUUAUGGUUAUUAUGUAUGUUAUGUUAAUAAGAAUAGCUGAUAGAAAAGAAAAAGAAGCAUAUCAAAUGAUGGAUGGUGUUACUCAACGUCGUCGUCUUUCACAAAAUUAUUAUUUUACUCAUCGUCGUUCUAGUGAUGAUCAAAUACUUGCUGAAACAACACCCAUGACACGUAGAUCACAUCGUUCUCAUAAAUUAACGGCAGCAACAACAACAACAAACGGUUCCUAUAAUAAUCAUCGUCGUCAAGGCAAACAUGAUAGUAUUGAUAUACAUAUGGAACGACAACCAUCUGUUGAUAUACCUAGAAAUUUAAAUGAUCCUCGAAAUAGUGAAAUGAAACAUUUAAGACGAGAACGUCGUGCUGUUAAAACUUUAGGUGCGAUAAUGAUUGCAUUUUUAAUAUGUUGGCUUCCAUUUUUUGUUCGAUAUUCAGCAUGUGAACCAAAUCGUUGUACUUGGAUAUAUAUGCCAAUUAUAGAAGAUAUUGUUUUUUGGGUUGGUUAUUUUAAUUCAAUGAUCAAUCCAUUUUUAUAUGCUUUUCAUAAUAAAGAUUUUCGUAAUGCUUUUCAAAAAACUCUUAGUCCAUAUAUUGUUUGUUGUCGUCAACGACGUGCAAGUACUUGUAGUGCUAUAGGAUUAGGAUUACCACCUUCAACAUUUAGUGGAGAAAUGCAAAAGACAAAUUCAAAUAAACAAAAAGCAAGAAUUAAAAAUAUUAAAAAAAAUUCAAAAACAAAUAAAAAUCAAUAUGAACUCACAAAUAUAAAUAAAUUUACUCAAGGAAAAAAUGGACUUGAGACAUCAAAUGGAAAUAUAACUGGUGGCGACAAUAGUACAUCAUCAAAACAUAUAUCGAUUCUUUAG